CUAACCGACGAUUCGGGCGACUCAGUACUGACAUUAGCGCAAAGCGACGACUACGUAUUCAGCGGGUCGCAGCACGGCAGCAUCCACGUGUGGAACCGCGACACAUACCAGCUGGAAAAGGUCCUGCACGGGCAUACAGCCGGGUGCCUGUCCCUGGCGCUGGACAUAGGGCGCCGAGUGCUGUUCAGCGGCGGCGGCGAUGGCAAAGUCCGAGCAUGGGACAUGGACAGCCUAAAGUGCCUGUAUGUUGUGCAUGCGGGAGUGAAUUCUGGCGCCGUGCUGUCUUUGGAGUAUGCUGAAGCGUCGGAUUUGCUGGUGCUCGGGUGCCAGAACACGUCGAUCCAGUGGUUCAAUGUGGGCCAGAAAGACCUGGUGAGCCGCAGUGAGCGGAGGCGCGAAAUGGAGAGCCGCAGGUCGCGGUUCUUCGACGACUCGGUCGAGGCCAUUUCGGUGUGCGUGCCAUCUCUGCCUUUGGCCAGCGACGACGAGCCGGACAGCUCCGAGUUCUACGUGAUCUCUGAGUCCAGCAUUGUGCAGUAUGCGCACAGCGGAUACGUCUACGGGCUUUUGGUUUCAGGCAAUGUGUUGUUUUCGGCCGCCAGCGACGGCGCCAUCAAGCAGUGGCAGCUGGCUGAGCAUGGCAUGGAGGAGCUGGCCGAGCUCUCCCGGUCGUUCUCCGAUGGCGACUUGCCCGAGGACCUCAGCGUGCAUGCACUGGCGCUCGAUGACGGGCUGCUGUUCGCUGGCCUGCAGAGCGGCGACAUCGAAGUCUGGGAUCUCGAGACCAAGCAGCGCAUCCGCGUGCUGCACGGCCACUCCGGCAACGUCUAUACGCUUCUGAUCCACAACCACAGUCUGUUCUCGGGCUCGGCCGACGGCUCAGUGCGCAUUUGGGGAGCCGACCUGCAGAGCCUCGGGUGGAUUGCCAGCUCCGGCGACGCCGUGCUGUCCCUGGCCAUUUCCAUGGACGACAUCCUGAUCAGCGGAUCUAGCGACAACGCCAUUGCCUUCUGGGACGUGUCGGUGAUGGAGCCGCCAGCCGACGCCCCGGUGCCUUCGAUGGCUGUGCCCAGAAGACGGCGCGGACGCCGCAUGAUGCAGGCGCUGGAUCAGUGGAUCAGAUUCAAGUCGGUGGCGGGCGUGCCUGAGCUGCAGCCCGAGUGCCGCCGCGCCGCGCGGUUCCUGAAGGACCUGAUGCGGCAGCUGGGCGCCAACGACGCGCGGCUGAUCUCCAGCACGCCCGCCAGCAACCCGAUCGUGUAUGCACGGUUCGAUGCGUCCCCGCAGACAGACCUUUGCGAGACUCCCACAGUGUUUGUCUACGGGCACUACGACGUCAUGCCAGCCGGCGACGAGCUUCUGUGGAAAACUCAGCCCUUCGAACUGGUGGGCCGAGACGGGUAUUUGUAUGGCCGCGGCGUCACUGACAACAAGGGCCCGGUUUUGGCCACGCUGUUUGCUGUGUCGGAACUCCAUGCGUCUGGCGACCUGCCGCUGACGGUUGUGUUUUGCAUUGAGGGCGAGGAGGAAAACGGCAGCCAGGGCUUGCAUGAGACCAUUGCGAGCAAUCGCGCGCUGUUCGGCCGCCCGCGCCUGAUCCUGCUUUCGUCGUCGUACUGGCUGGGCGAGUCCACGCCCUGCCUGACGUAUGGCAUGCGCGGGUCGAUCCGCGCCAACCUGCGCAUUGAGAGCACACGGCCGGCCGAUGUGCAUGCGGGCGUGUGGGGCGGGGCGGUCACUGAGCCACUCACGUGCCUGUCCCAUAUUCUGGCGCAGCUGGCGGACCCGUCCGGCCACGUGACCAUCCCCGGCUUCCACGACUCAGUGCGUCCCGUCAGCGACAAGGAAUCUGCGGCCAUGCGCGAGCUGGUGCAGUGGAUCUCCGCGCACGAGUCGGCCGCUCCACUGGUCGCCCGCACCGUCAUGUCGCCGCCCGAAUCCCACGCAUCACCCAAGUCUACCGCCAGCUGGGAAUCGGUGGGGCCCAUAGAUGCCCGCGAUGAUCUGUUCGACCAGCUGAUGCGGCGCUGGCGCUUCCCGACGCUGACUGUGCAUCAUGUGGACAUAUCCACUGUGGCCGCGCGCACCAACACCACGUUAAUUCCGGCUGCCGCCCAGGCGUCGCUGAGCGUGCGUGUGGUACCCGACCAGUCGCUGGAGGAUAUCUGCCAGAAACUGCGCAGCCAUGUGGAGACUAUUUUCAACCAGAUGCAGCAGACACGCCAUGCCAGCAACAAGGGUGUUUUGGACAACCUCAGGCUGCACCUGGAUGUCCACCCGAAUGCCCAGUGGUGGCUGGCCGACCCCGACACGCCUGUGUACCAGGCGGCCGCCAGGGCUAUUCGCGAGGAGUGGCAGAUGGCCAAUCAGGCGCAUGUCCCGCUGCUGAUUCGCGAGGGCGGGUCGAUUCCGGCUGUGCCCUGGCUCGAGGAGUUCUUUGGGCCCAAUGCCAUAGCUGUCAAUCUGCCCAUGGGCCAGUCCUCGGACAAUGCCCAUCUGGAUAACGAGCGCAUUUCGCUGGUCAACUUGGUGCGCGGCCGCCAAAUCGUCUGGCGCCUGCUCAAGGACAUUGGCCAG